AUGCCAUGGCCCAGCGCAUUAUCCACCGCCAGCUUCUCCACGUCGACAGCAAAGCGGAAAGACAAGAAAGAGAAGAAAGACAAUGACUUCUUCAACCCGAAAACAGUAGAGCCGCUAUCGGAAGAGGAGGCCAAGGCCAACCUGGAACAGAAGGUCGAGGAAACAACCGAGGUAGAAAGUGCUGAAGCGAAGACUUCUAGCCCCGAGCCUCCCGCUUCAGGCAAUAAGGAUGGCAAAGACGGACAGGGAGACGGUGCGGAUGGGAAAGCUAGCAGUGCAGGCGGCGGCGGCGCAUCAUCCGGGUCGAGUGGUGAUGGGUCCGGUGACGGAGGACGGAAAGGUCGCAAGGCUGGAGUCGACAAAGCACUCCAGAAACCCAGUGUGCCGGAAGUAUAUCCCCAGGUUAUGGCGAUCCCCAUAGCGAAGCGGCCGCUGUUCCCAGGCUUCUACAAGGCAAUCACCAUUAGGGACCCCGACGUGUGUGCCGCGAUUAUGGAAAUGAUCAAGCGGGGCCAGCCAUACGUUGGCGCUUUCUUGUUCAAAGACGAAAAUGCCGACGAGGAUGUCAUUCGGGAUUCCAAGGAUGUCUACGAUACCGGUGUAUUUGCACAAAUCACGAGCGCAUUUCCAGUUCACGGCGAAACCAACUCUCUAACCGCCAUCCUGUACCCACACCGUCGCAUUAAGCUGUCUACGUUGAUGCCCCCGGGCGGCCAAGAUGUGAAGAAGACCGAGCCAGAACCCGAAGCGGUGCCCGAGCCCAUACCCAUCAAGACGGACGAAGAAACGCAACGGGAAAAGAAGGGUGACGUGGUAGCUAGCUUUGAAGAGGCUGCCGUGGCCCCGAAAACAGAGGCACAAUCAGAGAAAUACGAACCGACCUCGUUCCUUCGGAAAUACCCAGUCAGUCUGGUGAAUGUCGAGAACCUGAGCGACGAGCCUUUCGAUUCAAAGAGCAUGGUCAUCAAAGCCGUCACCAACGAGAUUGUCAACGUGUUUAAAGAGGUUGCCUCGAUGAACAGCCUGUUCCGGGAUCAGAUCUCGACAUUUUCCAUGAGCGCAUCAUCAGGCAAUGUCACUGCCGAGCCUGCCAAAUUGGCCGACUUCGCAGCUGCAGUUUCGGCCGGAGAGCCUGCCGAAUUGCAAGAAGUCUUGGAUAGCCUGAACGUGGAGGAGCGAAUGCAGAAAGCUCUGAUUGUGCUCAAAAAAGAGCUAAUGAAUGCCCAACUACAGUCCAAGAUCACUAAGGAUGUGGAGCAGAAAAUCACCAAGCGACAGCGUGAAUACUGGCUCAUGGAGCAGAUGAAGGGCAUUCGUCGGGAAUUGGGGAUUGAGUCUGACGGUAAAGAUAAGCUUGUGGAGAAGUUCAAGGAGAAGGCCGACAAAUUGGCUAUGCCCGAGGCCGUUCGCAAGGUCUUUGACGACGAGAUUAACAAGCUUGCCCACCUCGAACCGGCUGCAUCGGAGUUCAACGUCACAAGGAACUACCUUGACUGGCUUACGCAAAUACCCUGGGGCCAGAGGAGCGCCGAGAACUUUGGAAUCAACAAUGCGAUGACCGUCUUAGAUGAGGACCAUUACGGGUUAAAGGACGUCAAAGAUCGCAUCCUAGAGUUCAUUGCGGUAGGAAAAUUACGGGGCACGGUUGAAGGCAAAAUAUUGUGUUUUGUCGGACCGCCAGGAGUUGGGAAAACGAGUAUUGGAAAGUCGAUCGCCAGGGCUCUCAACCGUCAGUACUACAGAUUCAGCGUUGGUGGUCUCACAGAUGUGGCUGAGAUCAAGGGUCACCGGCGGACCUACGUCGGUGCGCUGCCGGGAAGAGUCAUCCAGGCGCUCAAGAAGUGUCAGACCGAAAACCCACUGAUUCUGAUCGACGAGGUUGACAAGAUUGGCCGAGGAUACCAGGGCGAUCCGUCAUCUGCUCUCCUAGAACUACUGGACCCCGAGCAAAAUAGCUCCUUCCUGGACCACUACAUGGAUGUGCCAGUUGAUCUCUCUAAAGUCCUCUUUGUUUGCACAGCCAACAUGACGGACACAAUUCCCCGACCUCUUCUUGACCGCAUGGAAGUCAUCAGACUCUCUGGUUACGUCUCGGACGAGAAGAAGGCGAUUGCCGACCGUUAUCUUGCUCCCGCAGCGAAGGAGUUGGCAGGACUCAAGGGUGCCGACGUCACUCUCUCCGAUGAGGCGAUCGAUGAAUUGAUCAAGUCUUAUUGUCGCGAAUCCGGCGUUCGUAACCUGAAGAAGCAAAUUGAAAAGGUCUACCGAAAGUCGGCGUUGAAGAUCGUCCAGGAUCUUGGGGAAGAUGUCCUGCCAGAGUCCGAGGCACUGACGGAUGAGGGCAAGGCAGCCAUGGAGGAGUCGGAGAAAGAGAAGGACAAAAAGGAUCCAAUUUCGUCCGAGGCAACAGAGCAAGAGACCACGGAGACGCCUCGCAUUGCCCUGAUAGUGCCCGAUUCUGUUCACGUCACGAUCGACAAGGAAAACCUCAAGGACUAUGUUGGGCCCCCGAUCUUCACUUCCGACCGUCUCUACGACGUGACGCCACCUGGAGUGGUCAUGGGUCUCGCAUGGACUCAAAUGGGUGGCUCUGCCAUGUACAUUGAAUCCAUCCUCCAAUCUGUCUUGAGACCCAGCAGUCGUGCAGGGCUGGAGAUCACGGGAAAUCUCAAGUCGGUCAUGAAGGAGUCAUCGACCAUCGCCUAUUCGUUUGCCAAGGCAUUCAUGGCCAAAGAGUUCAGCGAAAACCACUUCUUCGAUAAGGCGAAGAUUCACUUGCAUGUCCCCGAGGGAGCGGUGCAAAAGGAUGGUCCGUCGGCUGGAACGACAAUGGCGACAUCUUUGCUUUCACUAGCAUUGGACACUCCCAUUGAUCCAACUGUAGCGAUGACGGGCGAGCUUACCCUGACGGGCAAGGUUCUUCGCAUCGGUGGUCUGAGAGAGAAGGCAGUGGCAGCGCGGAGGGCGGGUUGUAAGCUAAUCAUUUUCCCGGAGGACAACAUCUCCGACUGGCUGGAACUACCCGAGAACAUCAAGGAGGGCCUCGAGGGCCGACCGGCCAGUUGGUAUAAGGACAUCUUCGACCUGGUCUUCCCCCAUGUGGAUAGGGAAUUGGCGAAUACGUGCAAGGUUUGCGAGUGGAAGAAGGAGCAUCCCGACAAGGCGGAGAGUAGCAGUAGCAAAGACGAAUAG